GAUGCCAGCGCUAGCCCUCUGCACGCGACCGUCCUGCAGGAGCUCCGCCGCAGGGCCGACGCGCCGGCGGCGGGCGCCCCCGCGCGGGCGCUGGAGCGCGCGGUCGGCGGCAAGUCGGGCGCCGAGGCGCCGGGCUACCUGCAGGCCGCGGGCGAGGCGCCGUGCGACUCGGCGGAGUGCGAGGCCCGCCGCUGGCGACGCUGGGUGAGCGCCGGCAAGCCCGAGCAGCUGUCGGACGGCGCUGGCGACGGCUGCGAGGACAUGCCUGCCAUGGACACUUGCUCCCUCAUUGUCGUCUUCAAGGACGGCGUCACGGAGGACAAGAUGCGGCAGUUCGCGGCCGUGCAGGCCGGCGACGCGGACCUGCAGGUCAUGCGCAGCCUCAACAUGAUGACGCUGUCGUUCGGCACCGACAAUGCGAAGUGCUGCGAGGCGUACGACCUGGUCAAGACCAGCGGCAGCCCCCUCGUCAGGGGCGUGGAAUUCGACCAGCCAAUGUCGAUUCGCUGA